AUGACUUCUUUAUCUUCUUCUAUUUUUUGCGAUAAAAUUUCAUUUUUUCUCUUAUAUUCUUCAAAAGUUGAUGUGAUAUUUUCAAAAUUUUCUAAUUCUUUAUUUUUAGCAGCAAUAUCUUUCAAUAAAUUUUUAUUAUUAUUUUCCAAAUCAGAAAUAUCUUUAGCCAAUAAUUUCUCCUUUUCAGAGUUUUUCAAUUGUUCUCUACUGUAUGUUAAUUUAAGUUCGUCAAGCUCUCUAGUUAACUCUAAUUUUUUAUUUUUCAGAUAUUCAUAA